CCAGCCCAAAGGCCCAGACGCAUAGAGUAGAAGGAAAAAGUCCUGGCAGGCUGCUAACCGUGUCGCUCAGCCGCCCAGUCGCCCGCUUUCCACCUUUCCCCCUCCGCCUGCCUGGCUGAAAGCGUCGUGCCGUGCUGCCCGCCGCCAGCGUCUGCCCUUGUACUCCCUACUUUGUCCAUACGCCCACUCCGGCCACUUGCCUGCUCGGGUGCUUCACUUCUCACGUCUGCCAGCCGUAACCCAUAUUUCAUAACCGGCUCCCCCGAACUUCAGUACUAGAUACCCUUCUCUUCUUAAGUGAUCUUCUCCUUUUCAUGCUCUCCAAUUGAGUGAGAUUGGCCAAUUGCCUUUACCGCAAGUGCUCACCGAUUGGUUUCUUCUUCUGAAACACCAUCACCCAAUCAUGGCCGCCAAUUUCUGGACCUCUUCUCACUGCAAGCAGCUUCUGGAUUCUGAAGAUCUGAAUGUUGUUCAUCAGCUUGAUAGGGAGAGAGGUCUAACUCUUGAAGAUUGCAAGCUCAUCAAGAUCCAUAUGUCCAACUACAUUUCAAGAUUGGCCCAAAAUGUUAAAGUGAGGCAAAGGGUUGUGGCUACUGCCAUUACAUACAUGAGACGUGUUUAUGUCAGAAAAAGUAUGACAGAAUAUGAUCCUCGUCUGGUUGCUCCAGCCUGCUUAUACUUGGCAUCGAAGGCAGAAGAGAGCACAACGCAAGCUAGGCUGUUCGUUUUUUAUACCAAGAAAAUAUAUUCGGAUGAGAAGUACAGAUUUGAAAUAAAAGACAUUUUAGAAAUGGAGAUGAAAAUUUUGGAAGCCCUCAACUAUUACUUGGUUGUGUUCCAUCCAUACAGUUCGCUAACACAGUUGCUGCAGGAUGCUGGGAUGAGCGAUGCAACUCAACUAACUUGGGGAAUUGUGAAUGAUACGUAUAAGAUGGAUCUAAUUCUUAUUCAUCCACCCCACCUGAUAGCAUUAGCAUGCAUAUACAUAGCAAGCGUUUUGAAAGACAGAGAAAACAGCACUUCCUGGUUUGAAGAGCUUCGAGCUGACAUGAAUGUGGUAAAAAACAUAGCGAUGGAAAUAUUAGAUUUUUACGAUAGCCACAAGAUGAUCACAGAUGAAAGGGUAAAUGCUGCAAUGAGCAAGCUGCCUGGGUAAGUAAAAAGCGGGGAGAGCUACAGAUGAUAACGAAGAUUCAGUUGAAGAAUAAUGAUGGUUUGGAUCUGAGACGGAUAUUGUGUACUUACAAUUCAAGGGUCGAUAAAAAAGAUUCAAUAAGUAAGGUAUUUAUUUAACUUCCAUGAAUCCCUUGGGAUAGAACUCCUGAA